AUGUUCAAGGCCGGAGACCUGGUGAUGGCGACUGUAAAUGAGGGCGAUAUCACGGGGGACCACUUCAUCAAAGACAAACACGAAAUCAGAGGGAAGAUCGCCGUCGAUGAGGCUCCCGACAGUGGUGUCGAGGAGGGAUAUGUGCAAAUGACCAUCAGCCAGAUGCGGCCGAUACCACCAGCCGGCCACGGCGGGUAUGAUUGGGCGAGCGCGAAGGGCCUGAUAACUGUCCGUAGAAGUUGCGUGACUCGUUGGUAG